CAAAAAUCUCAGUAUAAAUUCAGGGCCAUAAAAUUAUUUCAAUAGUUUCAAUUUUAGUUUUCGAACUUACACUACUAAGAUGGGAGCUCUUUGGCAAUAUAUUUUCAUGCUGAUAGUUUUGGUCUAUCAAGCCAAAGGACAAUUUGAAGAACCCUUUUUGCCUGGGGAUGAUGGUUUAGGAAGAGACGGUGAACAUCUAUCGAUAGGUAGACGUAGACCUUAUUUUUGCUACCUUCGUCCUGAUCAGGGGGUAUGCAUCUAUAGAUAUCCGAGAUUUUACUACAAUGCUUCAGAAGGUCGCUGCGACCUGUUCCUUUGGAGUGGCUGCGGUGGAAAUGAAAACAGAUUUUUGACAAACGAUCAGUGUGUGAUGACUUGCUACUAGAGACUAGCAAAACCUACCUAGUAAUACUACAACACAAAUAAAAUGGUUGCAAAUUUAAUAAAAUUACCUUUUAACUA